AUGAAGCUUCUCCCCAUUCCUUAUGAAAUACAACAGCUGCUCAACACGUGUCCCCCUCAAAAAAGAGUCGCCGCGACCGCGCUGGAUGUCUCUCGCGUCGUACGGAUUGAGCGUUAUGACUAGAGACACAUUCAGCUUGGUCCCAGCGCCGUGAUUCCACCUGAGCUUUUGCGAAAAGAAGACGACCGGUCCAAAGGACGGCAGAUAACAUCUCCGUACCUCCGUCGCCGUUUUUCCCAUUCGCCACCGCCACUUGCUCCCAUUUUUGGGCCUCUCCUCAAGGUCGAUCCUAUUACAUUACUCCUUUUGGGCGCUCGCACAGGCGACACCAAAACGGCCGUUAGACGAAAUCAAACGCCAUAA